CCGUUAGGCCGUGCGAUGCCUCAGACCAAUGAGCGCGCUCUUCACCUGCCCGCCGUUUCUUGCCUGCUAGUGAAAGCGAGGCGCGGUGUCGCGGCCGGAGCGGGGAAAAUGGCGGUGCCGGAGAAGCGGAAUCAGGAUGCCUGUCAUUUUGGCGCCAGCGGUAGCCAGGAGACCGCGGGGAACGCUAAGGAAUGCCACCGCUUCGUCGAGGGCUCCAUCGUCAGGAUCUUCAUGGAGAACUUCCUAACAUACGACACCUGUGAAGUACAUCCAGGACCCAAUCUGAACUUGAUUGUAGGGGCUAAUGGAACAGGAAAGUCAAGCAUUGUUUGUGCCAUCUGUCUGGGACUGGCUGGAAAGCCUUCUUUCAUAGGGCGAGCUGAUAAGGUUGGUCUCUUUGUAAAGCAGGGAUGCUUGAAAGGUGUAGUAGAAAUUGAACUGUCUAAGACACCUGAAAAUAUCGUCAUCACACGAGAGAUUCAUGUGGUGAACAAUGCAUCAGCAUGGUUUAUCAACAGAAAGCCAACAACCCUGAAAACAGUAGAAGAGCAGAUUGCAGCCUUAAACAUCCAGGUGGACAAUUUGUGCCAGUUUCUUCCUCAGGACAGAGUUGGAGAAUUUGCAAAACUGAGUAAGGUUGAGUUGCUUGAAGCCACUGAAAAAUCCAUUGGCCCUCCAGAAAUGUACCAAUUUCACUGUGAACUGAAAAACUUCAGAGAAAAAGAAAGAGAACUAGAGAACUUGUGCAGAGACAAAGCUAACUCUUUGGAGAAGAUGAAACAGAGGGUUGAACGAUACAAGCAAGAUGUUGAGAGAUACCAUGAGCGCAAACGCCAUCUAGACUUAAUUGAGAUGCUUGAGAGGAAAAGGCCUUGGGUGGAAUAUGAAAAUGUUCGUGAGCAGCAUGAGGUAGUGAAACAAAUGCGAGAACAAGCCAAGGAGGAGCUGAAGAAUCUAAAAGAACAGCAGUCCCCACUGACAAAAAAAAUCCAAGAAACUGAAGAAUCUUUUAAGAGUCUGGAUAUGAAAAUAAGACAUAAGGCUGCUGAAAUCAAAGACAUUUCUCAAAAAUGUAAACAGAAACAAGAUGCUUUGGACCUGAAAGAUAAACAAAUUGAAGAAAUUCAUCAAUGUCUGAGAAUGAAAAAGGAUGAAGAAAUGGACAGAAAGAAGAAAAUACAGAACACUCACAAGAUGAUAGAGGAGUGGAAGAAUGAGCUCAAUACAAUGGCAGGCUGUGAGGAUCUUCAGCCACAAACUGAUGCAAUUAAUAAUGACCUGAAAAAGUUACAAGAAGAAAGGGCAGUUAUUGAUAGUGAUAUCACCGAUCUAACAGCAGAUAAAAUGAACCAAGAGAGGGAAAAGAAGAGAAUAAUUGAUCGCCUUGGACAACUUAAUAAUGUAAUGAAUAUGAAGGAAGAGAAUCUUAAAGGGAAAUUCAGAGACACGCAUUCUGCUCUUAUGUGGCUAAGAGAGAAUAAAGACAAGUUUCAAAAAAGAGUUUGUGAACCCAUGAUGCUUGAAAUCAAUAUGAAAGACAACAAACAUGCUAAAUAUGUUGAAAAUCAUAUUUCGGCCAAUGACAUGAGGGCUUUUGUUUUUGAGAAUCAACAAGAUAUGGAAAUGUUUCUUGUGGAGAUGCGUGAUCAUCAGAAACUAAGAGUGAAUGCUGUAUGUGCACCUGCUGAAUCAUGUGCUGAAAACUUACCUUCGAGACCUAUUGAAGAAUUGCACCGGUACGGAUUUUUCUCAUAUUUACGAGAGUUAUUUGAUGCUCCUCAUCCUGUGAUGAAUUAUCUUUGCUCCCAGUACCGUGUUCAUGAUGUCCCUGUGGGAACAGAGAAGACCAGAAGCAUGAUUGACAGGGUCAUACAAGAAACCAAACUUAGGCAGAUAUACACAGCAGAAGAAAAAUAUGUUGUUAAAAUAUCUGCUUAUACAAACCUACCCCUCUCUACCAACACAUUUGUGAGGGCAGCACAGUUUCUCACUAGUUCAGUGGAUACAGAUGAAAGGAGACAGUUGGAAAAGCAGCUACAGGAUAUCAAUAAUACAUUAAAGACAUUGGAUGUGCGUUUGACUAAAUCACUGGAGAAACAGAAGCAUCUGGAACACAAAGACAACGAGCUCAGGCAGCAGAAGAAGGAAAUCUUAGAGAAAGGAAACAGGAGGAGACAGCUGGAAUCAAAAAUUAGUGUGAAAUAUGAUAGUUUAAGACAGCUGGAACAAGAUGCUAUCGACUUAGAGGACCAAUCUAAACAGGCAGAUGUAAAGGUCAAAGAAAUAAAUAACCAAAAAGCAAGACUUGUUACUGAAUUAAUGCAACUCAUAAAGAGCUGUGUAUCACUGAACAUCCUCAAGGCAGAUUUGAUUCUUCAGAGCACUGCAGUGGCUGCUGAGAAGAUCAGACUAGAAACAGAGUAUAAAACAGCAAGUGGACAGCUAAAAGCCGCAGAGCAACGAUUUCGUGAGCUGGAUGAUAAGAAGCGAGUUCUUGUAGAGAACUGCAAGGAAUUGCUGAAAAAAGCUCAGCAGGUCUGCAGGCUGGGUCUGGAUGAACAUCUUCCGAAAGAAUUUCAAACUGCUUUUCAGGCGCUUCCGGCCACACUGGAGGAAAUUGAUGCUUUCCUGAAUGAAGAGAAAACUAGGGCCUCCUGUUUCACAGGCCUGAAUGCUUCAGUUGUUGAAGAAUAUGUUAAGCAGACACAAGAAAUAGAGCAGUUGACAGUGUAUCUAGAGGAAAAGAAAAAAGAAUUGGAAAACUAUAGGCAAAACAUUUCACAGGUGAAAGAAAGGUGGCUAAAUCCUCUGAAAAAGCUGAUUGAGCAGAUUAAUGAGAAGUUCAGUAACUUCUUUAAUGCUAUGCAGUGUGUUGGUGAAGUUGAUCUUCAUGUGGAAAAUGAGGAGGAGUACGACAAGUAUGGGGUUCGCAUUAGAGUCAAAUUCCACAGUAGCAGUGAACUUCAUGAGCUGACUCCGUAUCAUCAGAGUGGAGGUGAGAAAAGUGUUUCCACUAUUUUGUACCUGAUGGCUCUACAGGAACUCAACAGAUGUCCUUUCAGAGUCGUAGAUGAAAUAAAUCAGGGAAUGGAUCCAGUAAAUGAGAGAAGAGUUUUUGAAAUGGUUGUGAACACUGCUUGUAAAGAAAGCACAUCUCAGUACUUCUUUAUUACACCAAAGCUCCUGCAGAAUCUCACUUACAAUGACAAGAUGGCGGUGUUGUUUGUCUACAAUGGACCUUUUAUGUUGGAGUCAAUCAAAUGGAACUUCAAGGCUUUCUCUAGGCGGCGGCGGCGACUUGGAAAGAUAGCUCAACAGUGAUACAGAUAUACAUAUAAAUAUAUAUGUAAAUAUAUAUAAAUGUAUUCUGGGUUUGUAGAACUUUUUGGAACAUCUGGCUUUCAAGACUUCAGAUAUUGAGAAAGAUGAGAACUGCAAAGAGCUAAUUAAGAACUCUGAUUCUUAAAACUUGUGUAACUGAUUUGAAGUACCUAUUUUUUUUCCCCAAAAUCUUUCGUAGUGGCCUCUUUUUCCAAAGAACCUACUUUUUCUCAAUAAUAGGUUUAAAUAAAAAGGAAGUUUCUUGUAUUUUGCUCUUUUAUCAGUAAUGUAGAAUCAGAUGUGCAGUUAAUUUUUAUAGAUUACACUGGACUAGUUCUGUGUCUUUGUUUUUCAUUUUUUGUUUUGGAAUUUAAAAAAAAUUGCUUUUGAUAAUAGUGUUUCCUUAACACAGUAAAGUAUAUUCUCUGAAAUUUUCCUAUUGAAAUAGAAACUUUGAAUGAAGAACAUAUUUGUAGGAAGAUAAUAGUUUGUAAGUAGAUGUGUAUUAAUUUUUGUUUUGUGAAAACAUACCUGAAGUUAGUAUAAAGAAUGUAUUAUUUUUAGAGUAAUCUACUAUAUUAUUGUUAUUUAUUAUUUUUGCACUAAUAUUCUAUUUUGUAUUCCUGGAAAGAGAUGGUCUUUAUUUUUCUAUCACAUCUCUCAGCAAGAAGAUUGACAAAGAGACAGGUGUUUUUGAAGUAAUGAGCUGGUUAACUUGCAAAAGUAAAACUAAGCAAUAUGUAACUUUUUUAUUGCUUUUAUAAAGUAAAACUUGAUAUGUUUUUGAUGAUAGAUGGUGAAAAUAGUCCUCCUGAUUUCACAUGUAAGUUAAAACCAGGAGGUUUUCUACAAAGGUUCAGCCGCAUUGAAGUGGUUGUGUAUGCAAUGGCUUUUCAACAGAUAGCCAUAAAAUUCAUGAGUGGAGUUUUGACAAUUUUUAAGCAUUUGAAAAUAGGUAUUAUGAGAAGAAUGUUGAUUACCAAAAAAACCCCACAACACUUUAUACCGAAUUGUGAAGGGUAUGAUUUUUAAAGAAAUGGAAACUACAAUUGGUAUGUAAAAUGUAUGAAAAAAAUGAUUGAGUCCCAGGACACCAUCUGAAAAUAUGCAGCAUCCUUGUUUCCACAGGGGAAGUAGCCUUCAAUAGAACUUUAUGCAGAAUCUGGUGGGCAGCUCAUUUUGAGUGGGAGUUUUCAUAACAGCAUCCUGUUAAUGAACUUUGCCAGUGGAAUUCAUACAUUUAGAACAUUAUAAUGAGAGAAACAAAAUAGCCUUUCUGCAAAAUAUAAGAUAGGAUUUAGAAGGUGUUGGUAUUACAAGUUAUGUACUGCAAUUCUUGUGCUGAAUAGAUUUGUGUUAAGGAAACAGAGAACUACACAUUCUUCUGUUGCAGACCACUGUUGAUCAAUGGAGCUCUGUCUGUGAAACGAGUUCCUGCAGUAAGUUCCAUAAGGAUUAGUGUCCAUACACAAAUAUUUGACAGAAGAACUAAGAGUGUGGAAACUUGGGCUAUAGUCCAGGGACUGAGUGGGCCAGCAUAGUAUCCUCAAGUUAAUUUAGGCUACAUGCCUAUGUAUUCACUGUAUUGCAAGAUUAGGGUUUUAAAUGUGUUCUUUCAUCUUCAGAGUACUUGGCUUCUCCUAACCCUGAACUUCUGAGGUGAUUUUGGUUUUGGAUUGUUUUGGGUUUGUUUUGUUUUUUUUUUUUUUAAUUCAGUGAAAAUACAGACAUUCUAUUUGGUCUCUGAGGAUCACUGUAUGAAAAGUGUAAUUUGUUUUCAAUGUCUAAAUAAGUGAAACUACUUGCAUGA